GCUUAGGAAAUCCUGUUCCACUUUUUCUUCUUCUUCUUCUUCUUCUUCUUUUGUUUGGAACGUCGAUGUUUUAGGUUAGGAAUAGGAGAAGGAAAGGGAAGGAGACGAGAAUAAGAGCUUUUGCAGUGAGUGAGGGCUUCUGUUUCUACCAUUGCUUGUUUUUUUGGAAGAUUAGGAGAGCUUCGUCAAGGAGAGAUGUCGCAGGACCUGAUCCAUAGCCAGCCGGUGCAGUUCUCCAUUGAGGGCAUCUCGAGUCCUAUCGAGGACCGGAUCCUGGAGUUCUGCGACGACGACGACCUCUUCCCUCCCGACAGCCAACCCCUCCUCUACUCCUCCGACGACGUCCCUGCCUCCUCCUCCUCCUCCGCCGGCCCCACCGCCUUCUCCCCUUUCCCCUCCAUCGACGCUGCCGAGCUUUCCGCCUUCCUCGACGACCCGCAGCCUCCCGACCCCGAUCCCGACGUCCUCCACGCCGUCAAUUAUCCGUCCUCGUCCGACCUCUCCUCGAUGUUCCCAGCCCCGCCGCAGUACGCCGGCGGGGACCACCAGCAGGUGGUGGACCCCUUCGACCCGAUCGGGUUAACGGAUCCGAUCCCGGGUGGCGGAUACCCAGCCUACUCGCCGGAGUCCAUGGUGCCGAUCCAGAUACAGCAGCAGCAGGCGGCGACGUUCGUGGGGUUGGAGUCGGCGGUGCAGUCGCCGUCUUGCGCGUUUCUGGAAGGGGGCGGGAUCGGGGCGUUGUACCACCAUACGGGGAUGGGAGGAGAAAGGCAGCCGGGGUUCUUUAGCGCGGGAAUGAUGAUGGUGGGGUCGGCGCCGGAGGUGGUGGGGUACCAGCCGAUGGCGGAGGGCCCCGGAAAUGUCGGGAUCUACGGGCCGAAUUCCAUGCAGCGGGUCUACAGCUCCGGCGACAUGCAGCAGGUACUGAUUCAGAAAGAAUACUGCCAUUUUCUUUCUUUUCUUAACUUACUAUUACUUACGAAUAAUAAGUAGCGAAUUUGUCAAUUA